AUGCUCGACAAGCUGUCGGGCACCUACGCUCCCCGCCCUUCCAACGGCCCCCACAAGCUCCGUGAGGCCCUCCCCCUCAUCAUCCUCCUCCGAAACCGAUUGAAGUACGCCCUCAACGGCCGUGAGGUUACUGCCAUCACCGCCCAGCGUCUGAUCAAGGUCGACAACAAGGUCCGCACCGACCCGACCUACCCCACUGGCUUCAUGGACGUUGUCUCGAUCGAGAAGUCGGGCGAGCACUUCCGCAUCCUCUACGACGUCAAGGGACGCUUCAUCGUCCACCGCAUCACUGCCGAGGAGGCGCAGUACAAGCUGCUCAAGGUCAAGAAGGUGCAGCUCGGCGCCCGCGGCGUGCCCCAGAUCGUCACCCACGACGCCCGCACCAUCCGAUACCCCGACCCGCUGAUCAAGGUCAACGACACUGUCAAGUUUGACCUCGAGAACAACAAGCUCGACACCUUCAUCAAGUUCGAGGUCGGCGCGCUCGUCAUGGUCACCGGCGGCCGUAACCAGGGCCGUGUUGGCGCCAUCACUGGCCGCGAGAGGCACCUCGGCGGCUUCGACAUUGUCCACGUCCGCGACACGCUCGGACGCGACUUCUCGACCCGUCUCUCGAACGUCUUCGUCAUCGGCGAGGGCGGCAAGCCGCAGAUCUCGAUCCCCAAGGGCGGAGGAAUCAAGCUCUCGAUCACCGAGGAGCGAGACCAGCGCCGCCGCCAGCGCGAGGCCCGUGGCGAGUAA